AUGUCCUUAACAGAAGGUGUCAGAAAUCAAAUAUUAUCUUCCUUAAUCGCUACUCUUGGAGCAAUGGUUAUGGGUACGAUCCUGGGUUGGACGUCACCAGCUAAUGCAUUAUUGUCAAUUGAAGUUAAGUUUUUGAUUUCCGUUGAUGAUUUUAAAAGUUUUAGUUCUAUUUUUGGUAUCGGAGCGGUCUUUGGUGCAUUACCAGCGGGUAAAAUAUCGGCAAUAAUUGGCCGUCGUUACAGCAUGGUAUUAUUUGAGAUUUCCAUCAUUAUUGGAUGGAUUUUUCUCACUAUGGCCAAUGCUUUAUGGAUGUUAAUGAUAGGCAGAAUACUACAUGGAAUCGGGGUUGGAGCGCUGUGUACCGUCAUACCAUCUUACGUAGCUGAGAUUUCUCAACCACAUAUUAGAGGAACGUUGGGAACAAUAUUUCAAGUCUACGUCGUAAUUGGAAUCCUUUAUUCUUUCGUAGUCGGCUCGAUAGUUGAAUACGUUACAUUAAAUAUCUUGUGUGGAAUUUGGACCGUGUUGCACGCAAUACUAACGUUUUUCAUACCCGAAUCACCAUAUUUCUUAAUGUGUAAAAACAAAGACGAAAAAGCUAAUGAAUCAAUGACGAAACUUCGAGAUGGAAAUGCCACAGACAUUGCAAGCGAGUUGACCAUGAUUAAGACAGAAAUAGAACUCCAAACAGCAAAUCAAGAUACAUUCAUGAAAGUGAUGGCCAACAAGACCAAUUGCAAAUCUCUUUUGAUCGGUAUCGGUUGUAUGUUUUUCCAGCAGACCAGUGGAAUAAACGCGAUUAUCUUUUAUAUGAGUUAUAUUUUUGAUGAAAUUGGAAGCUCAAUAACCACAAAUACAUCAGUUAUAGCUGUUGGAAUCGUUCAGCUGGUUAUGACAUUUGUAGCAAUGACGAUUGUAGAUAAAGCAGGCCGUCGAAUAUUGUUGAUAAUUUCAGCAGCUGUGAUGAGUCUGAGUUUCUUUGGUUUAGGUUUAUACCUUGACCAGAGCAAUAAAUUGGUCCCUAAAGAUUCCAUUUUAUCAUGGUUACCAUUGAUUCUUAUUGCGUUAUAUAUUUCAGCUUUCUCUUUGGGCUUCGGUCCUAUUCCAUGGGUAGUAAUGGGAGAGAUAUUUUCCAAUGAAGUCAAACCAUUUGGUACAAGCUUAGCAACUGCCAUCAACUGGAUUUUAGUAUUUGCGGUAACAUUCUUAACGUUAGUGGUUAAGGAUUCGAUUGGUUUAUCUGGCCUUUUCUGGAUAUAUAGUUUAUUUUGCUUGUUGGGUGCUAUAUUUGUUUGGUAUAUAGUUCCAGAGACAAAGAAUAAAAGUUUGUCUGAGAUACAAUUGAAGUUAUCCGGUAACAAUAAUUUGCAACCAUUAACAAGUGAUGUUUAUUAA